AUGUCCAGCGCGUGCAUCAUAUGUCAUAAGAGAAAGGUGCGGUGCGAUCUGGCGACCCACAACCCUUGCACCAACUGCACCAAAUCCGAUGUGGAUUGCAGACCCUAUACACGAAAGCGCAAAAGGUUUACCAACAGCCUGUCUCCAAGGCGGAGCGCCGCAACCGAGUCCGUGAGCCGUCGCAGCUCACAACUGCCUGACCCUCCCGUUGAGGGCCGAGUCACGGCGCCGCGCCUGUCUUCAGCCGGCUCGUGGGGAGAUAAUGCCAUCCCCAACGGGCCUAAUCAGCUUGAGCCCGUGCCCUUGGCGGUCCCCGUGAAUGAUGGCGAGCCUUUCAUCAAGGAGGAAAGCUACCGCGGGCGUGGCGAGUACUUGGGCGGCAGCGUUCCGUUUGAUGAAAAUAUGGUGAAACCCGGCCAUGAAACAACUUACACCAACCCUCAGGCAUCGGCCGCAGACCUGCAAAUGCUACGAGAGCAGGGCGCGUUUGAAUUACCCCCAGUCGCCGUCCAAAAACAGCUGAUGGACAGCUUCAACAAGUAUUGUGUCACUUGGACACCCGUUAUCGACCCCAAAUGGCUCGAUGAAACGACACCGCCAUCGAUGCUCCUACUACAGUCGAUUUUCCUGGCUGGAAGCAGGGUAUCCAAGGCUCAUCUGGACUAUGGGUCUAGCGAGGUCUUCUACCGACGCGCAAAGCUCUUAUUCUUUUUCGGUGGUGGCAAUAAUUCCCUGAUCUCGAUCGUGGCUGCCUGUCUCCUGCACUGGUACAACCCGGUGGGGCCGGAGGAUGUAUCAACGGACACCAGCGGCUUUUGGAUUCGAACUGCGGGGGCGAUGGCCUUUCAAAUAGGUCUUCACAAGGAGCCUCCGCCAAACGCCAAAUACCGUGCCCUUCGUCGGCGGUUAUGGUGGUCUUUGGUGAUUCGAGACAAUGUCAUCUCAGUGGGAGUCGGGCGACCGAGGACGAUUAAUCUCCGAGAUAGCGACGUGCUCCCGCCCUCGAUGAGUGAUUUUCCAGUGAAAGACUUCCGAGCGCAGGUUUUUUUGGCAUAUUGCACGAUCUCUUGUCACCUGGGAGAUACCGUCGAGUACUAUCUACGACGGGAAAUAUCCCGACAACGCCGUGUUGAUCUGGAGAAUGCCGUGUACCGAUGGGCGAAACAGGUCUUCCCAAAGUUGCGCUCAUCUGCUGCAGUUCAGGAAGAUAUCACAACCUCCAACCUGGAGGUACAGCAACUCCUGGUCAUGUACUUUGUCGUACUGACCAUGCUUCAUCGGUCACCUACGCCGGGCACCGUUCCACCCGCAGGAGCUCUCGUGGCAUCCUCCUUUAUUGCGGGAAUUUACGAAGAAUUCCUUCUCCGUGAUGAGCUCCGCUACCUGGGACCUGUCUUUGCCUUCUAUCCACUAUGCGCCGGGCUCUCCUUGCUUUCCAGCUGUCGUUAUCCACAGCUCCAGAGCACAGCCGAACAUGAGCUGACGGUGAUCAAACUCUCUCUUCAGAAACUGUCAGAACGCUGGCUUUCGGCAGUUGGACCCCUCCGGGCCCUCAACAAAUUAACCGAGAAAGUCCGAGACCAAGGGCCCUUUGACGGGCCCCCACCAACUCUCGACCUCGACACCGCCUCCUUUUUCGAGGGUUUCGACGUCAAGCUGUGCAAGCAGUGGCGUUUGAUUGGGCAAUCUGCCGAGCCGGCGAGCUCUAGUCUACGCACCGCGGCGACCUGCUCACUGGCUGAUCUUCAAGACUCCGACAAUGCACUGCCAGCCUUUGAUCCUCGGCCGGACGAGCCGGUCGACGCCCUCGGCUUCCCUCCUUUUGAUACCAACAUGGAGCCUUUCGGCACCAAUUGGGAAGGCUCGGGCUUUGACUGGAGUGGCUCCUGGCUCCUCAACGUUUGA